CUCGUCUCGUCUCGUCUCGUCUUGUUCACACUGCACAGCCGUCUAGGAGCUCAACCCGCUCGCGCGCGCACAUCCUCAUUAGGUUUCCUUCAUCGCCCUCACCCGCCCGCCCGCCCGCCAGCCAGACAGACUCCCAGCCAGCCAUACUCCCCGCCAGAUCUUGAUGCCUCUUCGCCUCCGUCAUCUCAUCAUAUGGCUUCCUCGAAACACGCACUGCACGGCCCACCAUCUACAUCUCAAAAAGCUUAAUUGCCUGUUGCAGCACACACUGCCGGCCUAGGUCCACCGCGCGCCCACCAGCCAGCCGUCCGUCCGUCCACGCAGGAGAGGGUCCCGCAAGGAACUAGGAUUAACACUCCCCAGUUUGAAUAAACCCACAGCGACUUACUCAACUUCCUGUCGCUACCCAUAACUUAUAUCCAGCUCCGUCUGUGUCCUCCCCCCCCCACCCGUCACCCUGCCUGCGGUCAUCUAUAAUAAAAAGUCAUGGCCAUCACCACAUUGACGCCCGACAGCAUCACCUUCGAGCUCAACCAUGAACGCAGGCAAAGCAUCUCAUCCUACUCACACUACUCGUCAUAUUCCUCGACGACGAGUUCGUCGCCCGAGCUGUCCAGUCCGGGCUGUUCGCCACAUCAAGGCAGGCUCACUGCUGCAACUCCCCGGAGCGUGAGCUGUCACCACUCGCCACCUGUGGUGCCAAAGGUCGAAGAGCUUGACGAACAUGUGAGUCCGUUGGCGAAGGUCCCCGAGGCAGCAGAGGACACGAAAGCCAAUGCUGUGGCGCCUGGUCCUCGGAAGCGCGGGCGUCCUAGGAAACAUCCGCUUGUCGAACAGAAACGUUCGGCACAUGCGAGGUCCAAGACUGGAUGCGGUACGUGCAGGAGAAGAAAGAAGAAAUGCGAUGAGACUCGACCUUCCUGUACGAACUGCGAGAAGAACAAUGUCACAUGCGAUGGCUACGAACCCAAGAAGCCGUGGAGAAGUGGCCGGGAAAAGGCUCUGGUCAACCGGCAACCGGCGACGAUACCUGUCCUACCAUCCAUCCUCAGUGGAGUGGAGACCACCAUCGACUUCCAGUUUUUCCAGUAUUUCAGCGAACAGCUCGCUGCAGUGCUCUCAUUGAACGUCCACAACGAUAAUCCAUUCAUCAAAGUUAUCGUGCCCAUGGCCAUGUAUCACGAAGGCCUCAUGUCCAGUCUACUCUACCUCUCGGGAAGCUGUUUGCUUGCGAACUCUUCCACCAAGGAUCCGGAGAUGGAGCAACGUGUCAACUACAACAGUGACAAGGCCGUGACGAGCCUCACGGAAGACCUCAAGCAAAUGGUGAUUGCGGGAGAGCAAAACGACCUCACCGCGGCGACCGUGGGGGACCCAUCGAUUGCCCAGACCCUGUUGCUAUGCCUACAAACCGUGUGCGCCGGCAAGCUCAAGGGUGAAUGGCGAAGCCAUAUGCAGAGCAUGAAACUGUUGCUCUCCGCCAAGGCCAGCUCCGGCGUGAAUGAGGAUUUCCGACGAUUCGUACUGGAAUUCCUCCUCUACCAUGAUUACUCCAGCUCAAUCACCUCGUUCGUCGACCCUUUGGAUGCCUACAGUGCACAGCUCAUGGAAGAAUUCCAGGCCAUCAAGCUGCCCACCUUGCUUGCGCCGGAGUCCGCGACAUUGCUUGGUGUCAUGGACGGCCUGUUCCUUUACAUCUCCCAAAUCCGCAGGCUGCGAGACCGGAUCCGAGUGGAAAGACUGAAGGGCCGCGACUACAAUGAAAAGUAUACGAUCGCCUGGCAUAUCCAUCAGGAACUGCAAGCGUGGACCUGUCAAUACGAUGCCAAGACCCCUCGGUACUGGGCAAGUUUACUGUACCGGCAAUGCGUCUUUCUCUACCUGCACCGCACCAUCAUGCCUUCGAAGUCUUGUGUGCAGUUCAAGCAAGGUGUCGAUGAUGGACUCGAGUAUUUGCGACAGCUCCCGCGAGAUCACGACGACCAAGGCACGCAGAGCAUCUUACUUCUGCCCUUAUUCAUACUCGGAUGCUGCGCGUUCGAACCGGAACAACGGUCGGAGAUUGCCGAGGCCUUCGUUCGGCUGCAGAGAUGGAGCAAGCUCGGCAACAUCACCUAUGCGAAAAGGGUGGUCGAGGAGGUAUGGGUGAUGAUGGACACGGGUCGCGCCGAGGAGACAUGGGACUGGGAAAGCAUCAUCUACAAGCACGAGUGGGACUUUCUCAUUACGUGAGCGCGGCAUCAUCUGCACGGUUCUCGCCUGGAGCUGGAACCCGACAUGUAUCGGACAGGACGGACAUGCGAGAUCGAUCCGUUGUUGCGACGCAGAUGUCCAUACUUUCACAUGAAAGUGCCAUCACCGCGUCAGGCAACCGCGAUCCGCCCGGACGACAGACAGACAGAAAGACCGACCGACCUGUGGACCAAGAAGACACACAACAUACUGUAGCCUGAACCAGCCAGCUGCUCUCUUUGUGCGAAACCAGCGGGCGUACUAUGCUCCGGCGUGGGCCUGAAAGACAAACGUUGUAUAUAUUUUUGGUCUUAUUAUUCUUAUGGGUAGUCAUAUGGGGGGUAAGGAGGACAUUUUGGCAUGACCUGUCUCGGUUGCAUGGAAGACUCCCGUACGACAGUUUUGUGCGAGGAACUCUCCCCCACUGGAAUGCAGUGUGGGCAAACUCCCAGUUUGGAGAAAGAGUGUGCGUGUGUGUACUUGUGAGUGAGGGUAUGGGUGUGUGUGUGCGGGAGAGGGUGGAAGGGAGAGGGAGAGACAAAUGACGCUCCACAGAAGACGAGCAACAAUUGAGAAACGAGCAAAAGUAUGGGCAUUUUUGGGCGACGCGCAUUUUUGGUACAUGAUUGAUUGAUGGGGGCUGUGGUGGACGGUUGGGUGGUUGGGUGGUUGGGUGCAUUUGGGUACGAAAAGAAGAACAUAUCCGGACUUCUUUUGUGUUUGGUUCUUUCUCUUCCACUCGCGUACAUAUAUAUAUUCACAUAUCGAUAUCAUGAGUGGUAUGAAACAUACCUUGUGUGGAGGCUGACGGGCAGUUGUCUAGUUGAGCAUUCGCUUUUUCUGUUUGGAGAUGCUGCUGCUCCGAAAAAAAGACUCGUCGAAAUGAGAAGAGUCGAGUCCAGCUCAAGGAGAGAGGUGGAGGGGAGUGGAGGAAUACGGUAUUUACUAAGGUAGUCUCUUCGGUGUUGAGACACUAAGGUACAUGCCUGGAACCUUAGGUCAUGUACUAUGAGAGCGAGGGAAGAGAUGGUGAUGAUAAUGAUGGUAAUAACGA